UGGAGCAAAGGCUGAAAUGAUUCCCAGUAUUCCCACCGCUGCUGUGGUGCGUCAUGUAUGCGAAGACGCCAUCCCAAACGGGGGCCAUCCUCUCCUCCUCUUCAUCCGAAGCCCGCGAAGAUGAUAAAAGCGGGCUGAGAAGCGGCGACGCGUCGUAGUUUUCCUCUCAGGAUUGUGGUAGAAGGUAAGGUGGACGCGCGUGGACGAGGACGACUCGAAGACGAAGCCAGGAUGGCCUCGAGACCGAUCGUUCAUCUGCUCAUCGCCUGCGGCGUCUUCGCCGCGACGACGUCGCUCAAUCAAAAUCAGAGAUUCUCGAAUAAUCUGUUCGACAAUUUUCUGAAUCGCGGUCAGCAGCAAGUGUCCUUGCCAAAACGUGCCGCAUCCGCGUCGUGUCCGGAGAGGAACGGUCGCUAUCCGGUACCAAAUCAAUGCGAUGCCUACAUCGAGUGCAUAGACGGUGUUGCCGAGGAGAAACUAUGUCCCGAGGGUUUGUUCUACAAUCCUGAGGCUCGUUUCAACUAUCCCUGCGGAUACCCCAUCGACGUAGACUGCACGGGCAGGCCAAAUCUGCAGCCGGCGAACCCAAGCGAGGACUGUCCGCAUCAGUACGGCUACUUCAAGAUUGGCGAUCAUCAGCGUUGCGGCCAAUUCAUGAACUGCGUGGAUGGUAGAGGCUACGUGUUCGAUUGUCCGGAGGGUUUGGCCUUCAGUCCGGAGACUUAUCGAUGCGACUGGCCAGAUCAGGUGCCAGACUGCGAUGCCGAAGCAUUCCUGGGCUUCCGCUGUCCGGAGACAGUGAAGAACAGUUUCUUCUUGGACGUUGAGAACAGGCUCUACCGCAGCAACACUGACUGCCACCAUUACUACAUUUGCGUGAACGGUCGUCCGCGACUACAGAACUGCGGCAUAGGAAAUGCCUUCAACGAGCUGAUCGACGCCUGCGACGCCGCGGAAAAUGUCACCGGCUGCGAACACGAGGCGAUAGCGAGGACUACCCCGGAUUAUCAGCAGACAAGACUUUUUUAAAUUCGAAUGGAAUUGAAGAAUGAGAGAGAAGCGAUAGCGCUAUAAUUCCCGAGAAAUAGCGGCCAAGAAUUGCGGCAAUAAAGUUGCAUAUUAAAUUUCAACGUGUGACAUGAUGAAUUUCGAGACGUUUAGGUUGAGAACGGAUUAUAAAAAGUAUUCGAUUAAACAAACGAUCAUUCAAUUAUGACAUGUUCGGAUACAUGAUGCCAUGGAGAUUGUAGUAAUGUAUAUAUUAAUCCAUAAGUUGUUGUAAGAAUAUGUAUUUAAUAUAGAAUUGUAAAACUAAUGAUGAAUCUUUUUCAUUAAAAUCUGUAGAAACAUUGCAGAUCAAACAUUCACUAAACAUUCACUUUUUUUAUACAAAAUCUUACGCUUAAUGACAGACUUGAUGAUUGCGGAUAAAUCUAUGUGUCAAUUUAUCAUUUAGGUCACCAAA